CACCGCGGCCAGGCAGGAGCCGGAGCUGCGGCUGCCCGGCUGCCUCUGCAAGCAGGUGCCCGCGGGAGCGUCGCCAGCCGGGCCGGGGAGCCGCAGCCCCUUCGCCGGAGGACGGAGCGCGCCGGGCAAGCAAGGGCAAAGAAGCCCCUUGAUUCCCUGCCAAGAUGCCGCUCGUGAAGAGGAACAUCGACCCUCGCCAUCUCUGCCGCGGUGCUCUCCCCGAUGGCGUCACCAGCGAACUGGAGUGUGUGACCAACAGCACUUUGGCCGCCAUUAUUAAGCAACUGGGGAGCCUCAGCAGACACGCUGAAGACAUUUUCGGAGAACUGUUCAACGAAGCCAAUAGUUUCUACCUGCGGAUGAACUCCCUGCAGGAGCGGGUGGAUCUGCUGGUGAUCAAGGUCACUCAGUUAGACUCCACGGUGGAAGAAGUUUCACUGCAAGACAUCAACAUGCGGAAAGCAUUCAAGAGCUCGACCAUUCAGAACCAGCAGGUUUCUCGGAACUCCAUCCCCAAUCCUGUGAUGGAGAUGUACCAGCGCUGCGAUAAGCCCCCACCACUCAACAUCCUCACCCCGUACAGAGAUGACAAGAAAGACGGCUUGAAGUUCUACACGGACCCUUCGUACUUCUUCAACUUGUGGAAGGAGAAGAUGCUGCAGGCAACGGAGGAUAAGAGGAAAGAGAAACGGAGGCAGAAGGAGCAGCGGCUGGUUGAAGAUUCCACCCGGGAAGUGAAGAAAGUGAGGAAAGCGCGGAACCGGCGGCUGGAAUGGAACAUGAUGGCCUAUGAUAAAGAAUUCCGACCCGAUAACAGGUUCUCCCCCUCCCCAUAUCACAUGGCCUCAUCGGAAGGAUCGCUGUCCCCAGAUAAUAGAUCUUAUGCGUCAGAUGCAGCUGAUCAUUCAUACCCAGCCAGUCCUAACCACCAUGCCCAGCAAAUCUUAGCGCCAGCCUCCCACUUCUCAGCAGACAACAAAGAGGUCAUCUUGGUGGCCAGCCACGGCCAGGACCACGUCUACAGGCCCUCAGUGGCAGGAAACCGGCAGAACAGUCUCAACCGGGUCCAGCAGCCUCACGUGCCGCAGCCGCCCGAGACUAUGCUGAACGGGCCGAGGCCUCAGAUAGUCAAGGAUUAUGGCCCUCAACAGGUGCCGUUGGCUGAAUAUUUUGUCCCCCCCGCCCCUCCUCCCCCACCCCCUGUCAUCCCCUCAGCCCAGACUGCCUUUGACAGCCCCAUUUCUGCCCCUCCGGCUGCGGCGCCUAAUGCAGCUACCUCUGUGGCUCUCUCGUCUUAUGCGCCUUCCCCUCCGCCAGCCCCGCCCUGCCCCUAUUCUGCCUCCCCCCCUCAGACUGGGCCGCUGGGGCCCCCAGUGGCCCCUCCUCCUCCUCCCCCCGGCCCUCCGACAGUGACAGCCUCGCCAGCUCACUCAGCGUCUCCCCCUGCCGCCUCGGUGGAAGCACGGAAACCUCAGAUCCCGCUGAUACCGAUGAGUGAUGCCCGGAGCGACUUGCUGGCCGCGAUCCGCAGGGGAAUUCAGCUCCGAAAAGUCCAGGAGCAGUGGGAGCAGGAGGCUAAGAAGGAGCCCGUGGGGAAUGAUGUGGCCACGAUCCUUUCCCGACGGAUUGCUGUGGAGUAUAGUGAAUCAGAUGACGACUCCGAGCUGGAUGAGAACGAGUGGUCAGACUGAGAGAAGGGUGGGGUUCUCUAGCGGGCGGGGGGUUCCGAGUUCUGCUUGUCACUUUCCCACGAGUGGGUGUCUGUGGUUUCCUGCCCGUAAGUGUCAGCUGUUUCUGGCAUCUCGUGUGGCUCAUUCGGGAACGUUGCUGUCGUGCCGUGUGGUUGACAAAAACAUCUGGGCCUCUUUGUGAGCAAGCGUGAAUUGGCAUCUUUUGGGAAGCCUUUUGGGGCUAGGAUUCCACCCAACCACCCGCUCCCAGGUGUGAAAAAUGACAUUUGAAUCCAGCAAAAAAGGAAGGCGCUUAGAGAGAAAAGAAAUGACGGGCCCAGCGACAGUGGAGUGAGGUCAUAUUUCAGGAGGGGGGCAACUGUGGGAAGGAAUCAACUGCUGGAGGCUACGCUGCCGGCUGAGCCAGAUGCACUUUUUGUACUUAAAUGCUACGGGGGUGGGAGCCUUUUCCUCUGUCCAAUCCUGCCCUUUGGCCACAUGGGUUAGAAGACUGCAAAUCACUUGCUGAUACCUUUUCUCCAUUCCCCAGCAUGUCAGGAAGCGCUUUCUGAGGCAUAGCCAUGGCUGUCAGCUUCAGUAAAACUGGAGAGCACUGCCGUAGUACUUUAAAGACACACGUGCGUCUGUUGUGGUAGACACUUUCACAAGUCAGAACUCGCUUCCUCUGGAAGUGGCCUCUGAGCACAGAGAGAAGAAAUGACUCGUUUGUGUACAGAGUGAGGCCCAAAGGUCAGCUGAGGCAAAGGCGGGUAACUUAGGGUCACGGUCAUCAUCAAGGCCUGUGUGGCCGUGACCCACUCCCGACCAAGGGAUGUGGAGGGUUGACGUGUGGAUUACAGCAAAACAUAACCUUGAGGAGUUCCUUUUGCAUUCCCUCCCUCCCAGAUGCCACCAGGAGAUCACAUUAUGUGUUUAAGUACAUGGGAUAUUGGUGUAAUGUAAUGUAUGAUAUUGUUUAGUCUGUAAUAUAUUUAAUGAUGAGAAAUCCAUUUAUAACCAUGAAUGCCUACCCACUAGAUAGGCAAACCUACUUUAAUGGAGUAUUUUGCAAACUCAGGAAAUUACGAGUCGUCAUAGUAUUGAUCAACCUUAUGAUUUUUUGGAAUGAAGAGCAGAAUUUAUCAAAUGUGCUGAAUUUAAACAACUCCCACGUUGAUUACUGUAAUUAAGGGUCCAGCCUUUUAUGACCCCUGACCUCAGGCAAUGCGAAGCAUCAGGCCGGGACGCUCAGCCUCGUGCAGCAUUGGGGAAGUUUGAUUCCCCGCCCCCCCCCCCCCAAAAAACACCUUGCACUUCAGUUCUGUUCUUUUUUUAAAAAAACUCCUUUUUCUUCUUUUGGUACUCAGGGUAUUUAUACCUUCUUGCUUAGAUGACCACUUUACACGUUCACAUCUGGCCUGGAAAGCUUAGACGCCAUCAGUAUUUGAAAUGUUUUAGAUUUCAUUUAUUCUUUUUUGUGUUCCUGCAUUCAAUUGUUCAGGGCAUUGCAACAGCAAAAAUGUUUCUUUUAAUAACUGCAGAGAAUGAAGCCAACAGUACCCCCUGCCUAUCAGUCAAAUACAUCAAAAAUAAUGUUUCCGGUUGGAACAUUCUGGUUAAACUGUCGUCACUCAAACAAUAGAAAGAUUCCAGUUAUGUAUAUGGCACAAUAUAUAUGGCAAGAAAACCUGUGUCAGUUCACCUGAAUCUUAACAAGCAUGAACGUUUUAUCACAAAAAGUGGUUUUCUAGACACUGCAAAACCAAUCCACAAUCACUGAUCCUUCCAAAUCACUGAUCCUUUCCUGCAACCUGAUCUGUGCAUAUUUAAAAGUUAAAGGUGCAAGCACUCGCAAGGUGGCAUUCCAUGGAAGGCGUUUAUUAGGCAGACUAUGUUUACGGGGUGGUUUGUCAUGGCCUCCCCCAGUCGUCCACACUUUACCCCCAGCAAGCUGGGUACUCGUUUUGCCGACCUCGGAGUCAAGCUUGAGCUGGCUUAUCUGAAACCCAACUUCUGCCGGGAUCAAACUCAGAUUAUGAGCAGAACUUUGACCGUAGUACUGCAGCUUACCCCUCUGCAUCACGGGCUCCUCAUGCACAGGUACUUGCCCAUAAGGCCCACUGAGUUGUACUUGUGAAUGUGCAGUGGGUGAGUCAUCAUGUUGAUCAACCUUAUGAUUCUUAAAAUGAAGAGCAGAAUUUGCAGAUUGUGCAACGUAGCCUCGGUCUUCUGGAAAUAACCCUACCCUUCCCUGGGAACUCGACCAAAGCCAAAUCCCACUUUUAAGAAAUCUUCCCAGAAAAGUAAGGCGCUCUGAUCCGGUUAAAAAUCAAUUGCAACAAAUUGGUUCCUUUGGUUUCAGUGAGAUUUAGAACAAACUAUAGCUGGAUUGGGGCCAAGUUGUUUUAUGACUGAUUCCAUCUUAAAAUCAAGCCUUACAUCUUGACAAAGAUACAAAUGAGAGUACUUGUGUAAGAAAAAUACCCCCUGUCAAUCAGCACAAUAACUCAGUGAUGGCGAACCUUUUUGAGGCCGAGUGCCCAAACUACAACCCAAAACCCACGUAUUUACUGCAAAGUGCCAACAUGGCAAUUUAAC